GCGUUUUAAAACAUUUUUCAAUAAAAAACGCAAUUAUUUCGCAAAAUUUUGUCAAGAAUACGCCGAAAAGUAAUUGAAUUAAGUAAAAAUUGUGUUAUUUGUGCUUUUUUUAAACAUUUAUUUACACUUAAGUCUUUUUCAGUAAAAGGAAAUUGCGAAAAAAAUUGUUUAAAAAAAAUAUCAGUUUUCAAAAAAAAAUGUUACAUAACACCUUUAUCCACUCACCCCUUCAAUUGUUAUCGUAACACUUUCUCCUUUAAAAAAUGGACUACAGUUUGUAUAUGUAUAACUGGUUGCCUAAUAGAUGACACUUUGCACGUAUAACUGGUUGCCUAAUAAUAGCACUUUUGCCACUGAACUCAUAUAUACGAGUUCAGUGUGUGAGCACAUGUAUUCUAACCUCACUUACGUGAAAUAUUUUUUCGAGUAAUUUUUUACUGAAAAAAUAUCAAAAUGGGAAAGGUGAGUUUUGUUAAAUGAUGUUAAAAGCGUCAAGAAUGUGUUUACAGUUUCAAAGAUAUUAUAAUAAAACAGAAGACGAAUCUACAGAAGCAUCCAAAACAGAAACUGUUGUUUACAAUGUAGAUCCUAAACCGAGGCCUUGGGGGCGUAGACAAGCUGAUAAACGAAUAAAAAAGAAUAAAACGAACAAGAUAGUUGUAAAAAUUCCAAACCCUAACCCCAAGUUCAAGGGAAAAGUGCCAAUCCCUAAGGAACUUUUAAAAAAGCAUGGUAGAGGUGAAGGUAUAAAUCCAAAAGGAGUUAGAACAAAUACACAUCAGAAAAGGAUUGAAAAGAAGGAAAAAAUUAUACAAUUUGCAACAAAGCAAGCAGCGAGAGCUGAAGUCCUAUUAACUGAAGAUGAAGGAUUUCUUGAAGCGGACGCUGGCGAGACUACAACGCAAUUUACGCAAAAACAAAUAGCUGAAAGUGUGGAUAUAACAGCAGCUACCAAAAGUUUUGAAUUAAAAUUGAAUGAUUUUGGGCCUUAUAGAUUGAAAUAUACUAAAAAUGGACGUCAUUUGUUAAUUGGGGGUAAAAGGGGACAUGUGGCCGCAUUUGAUUGGGUAACAAAAAAAUUACAUUGCGAAAUGAACGUUAUGGAAUCAGUUCAUGAUAUUUGCUGGUUACAUAUUGAAACAAUGUUUGCUGUAGCUCAAAAAGAGUGGGUUUAUAUCUAUGAUAAUCAAGGGAUUGAAUUGCAUUGUGUAAAAAGGUUAAAUAGAAUCACUAGGAUGGAGUUUUUACCUUAUCAUUUCUUGUUGGCUUCUUGUAGUGACAUGGGUAGUUUGAGUUGGUUGGAUAUUUCAAUAGGUCAGUUGGUGUCUCAGUUUAAUACAAAUUUAGGAAGACUGACAAUGUUGAGUCAAAACCCCUGGAAUGCUGUUUUAUGUGUAGGACAUUCUAAAGGUGUGGUAUCUAUGUGGUCCCCAAACUCUAAAAGUCCUUUAGCUAAAAUGCUAUGUCACAAAGCACCACUAACUGCUCUCCAUGUGGAUUCCAAAGGACAGUUCCUUGCAACUGCUGCAAGUAAUAGAGAGCUCAAAAUCUGGGACGUCAGAAAACUCUCAGGACCUUUACAACAAUACAAAUUAAUCACCGCCGCCAACAAUUUAAAUUUUUCGCAAAAAAAUAUGUUGGCUUUAGGGAUGGGAAAUGUGGUUGAGGUUUACAGGGAUUGUUGCAUGAAUACGGCAAAACGGCCGUAUUUGCGCCACCGCUUUGUCACAUCUGUCGGCAACUUAAAUUUUUGUCCCUAUGAAGACGUUUUGGGAGUGGCCACAGCCACUGGUGUUGCAAGUUUAAUAGUCCCUGGCUCAGGUGAACCCAACUUUGAUGCUUUGGAAGCUAAUCCGUUCCAGAGUAAAUCCCAGAGGCGGGAAGCGGAAGUUAAAUCACUCCUAGAAAAAAUUCAACCUGAACUUAUAACUCUGGACCCGACUUCAAUAGUUGAAGUGGACCUGCCAACACUUAAGGAUAAAAUAGAAGCCAAACAAAAAUUACUUCAUGUUAAGCCACCGAAAAUUAAUUUCACUCCCAGAAAUAAAGCGAAAGGAAAAGGCGGGUCUGUGAAAGUCGCCAAAAAUAAGAAAAUCGUCCGUGAACAAGCUAAAAAAGAAUUUAUAAAAAAUACAAAGGGUUUGGCGCCGGAAUUUGGCUCUGAGAAGAAUGAAAAGGAACAUGGAGUAUUAGCUAGGUUUUUGCCUAAAAAAUCCAAGACGUAAUUACAAAUUUAAUCAAUGAAUUUAUUUUGUAAUAAGUGGUAUAAUUUCAUCAAGUAACUUAUCCCGAUUUCCUGCGUUUACCUACAAAUAACAGUAUGAUUAAAAAAAAUUAACAGGGAAAAAUACUCUUACGGUAAUUAAAUGACUUGAAUUAUUGUUCUUAAUUUUUUGAAUCAGUGGCAGGGUUGCUUUUAAAGGGACUGUUGCAACAAUUCUAAUAUUGUCGUCAGUGAUCACUCUCUCAAUGUUUGCUUGAAAUUUUUUACUAAACAAUUCCAUUUUUCCAAUUUCAUCUAUGAUAAUAAUCGAUUUGACCUAAAAAUUGUCUUUCAGAUACACCAAAUCACAAACAUAGUUUUCACUUAACAUUUUCAAAUAUCGGUAAAACCAUUUUUUCAAAUUCUUCAAUGUGAACAGAGUAAUUUCCCACUUUAUACUUAGAAUUGUCUUCUGCAUUACUGGAAAAAAAAUUGAAACACCAUUCUUACUGAUUGCACAAUACCUUUUUCUAGCUAAGAUUCCUCGUUUAUUGUCAAGCGUUACAACAUCAAAACCAAUUCUAUAAUUGUUUUCUCUUAAUUCCUCUGUAUAAAAACCUGUUAUAUCAAUUGCCAUUUCUUUUAAUUUGUUGGCAAUUUUUUUCGUGAGAGUGGUUUUACCAAUACCUAGAACUUCCUGACGAUAUUUGGCAAAUAAAACGAAUUAUUACCUGGUAAUCCUUGCAAAAUUAUAUUUUUCAUUUUGAAUAUUUUUGAGGUUAUAAAAAUCUGUAGAUUGUGUCAAACUAUGAAUAAAAAUAGUUUAUUGUUGAA